AUGAGCGAAAAUAGGAAACGAAGUGUAGGUAAGAGGUGUGUGGCAUACGGGUGUUCAACAAAGUACGGCGAUGGGUUUGCCCUUCAUUUAUUCCCUACUAAUGCCGAUCUGUGUAAGAUGUGGACAAAUUUUGUACAAAAGAAAAGAGACAAGUGGGACGGUCCAACAACGUACUCGGCUCUGUGUGAAAAACACUUCGAAGAUGGGUCAUAUCCUAUGAAAUACGCCAUUCUUCGAUCCAUGGGUCAAACUCCCCCCAAGAAGAAGGUUCUCAAUGCCGACGCUAUCCCCACCAUACAGACGGCAUUUUCUUGUUUAUAUUGCAGACUUCUACUCGGUGUCCUUCAUUACAAUGAAAAUGGAGGCAGGGACCCAGCAGUCACCAAAGAUGGUAACACUUGUUACAACAUUGUGUAUCCCAAACACAAGAAAGGAGAAUACACAGUCCGUGAAGUGAAAAUGGAGCCAACUUUCGAUUACGUUCAAGAGCUGCUACAAAUAACAGUCAACAAGGCAACAAACACCAGAAUGACUAAAACACAAGAUGUCCUGAUGGAUGCACCUCCAGCACUAUGCAGCACCUUUGAACGGCCUUCAAAACUAGAAGCUGUGUCAUCAGUCCAAUCCCGUUUCGCUUGAAACUAGUCAUUCACAAAACCAUACUUUUCAUUCAGUCUCCAUAAUUGAAACCCCUCAAUUCUUCACCAUCACCAGGCGGGAAUGUCUGUCGUAUGAGAUUUACAGCACAUGCUGGAAGUGGGACUCGUACAUUUCGCCCCAGAAAACCCCAGCACCAUCGGACAAACUGUCGGUAGGCAGUGUAGCGGUUUCGCCUGAAAAAAGAUAAACAAGAAAUACAGAUGCAUUGUCAUGUUUUCAUUUUGGUAUUAUAAAUUAUAAUAAAUUAUAAUUCACAGGUGUCUUUCAGUCUCAGCACUUGAACUUGUUUGGUAUUCUUACUGCAAAAGUCCAAUAAUAGAUGAGGUUUUAUAAGGGGAAAAACAAACAAAUUGUCAGAUAAUCACAAAUCUCUGUAUGAUAUUUCACAUCAUAUACAUGUAACAUUCAAUGGAUAGCUAUUACUUACGCUGGACCAUCGGGUAUGUUGCCAUUAUGGUACUGUCUAAAGGCUUGAUAUGCUGUACGCAACACAUACACAUCUAGGCAAACAGAAGGAAAUCCAGGGUGCUGUGUGAUGCAGUUCAGGUGUGGAAACUCAUUCUUGAUGUGUUGGAUCUGUGCAAUUUCAGUGCAACAAAUACUUUCAGGGACUGUUGGCAUCUCUCGACAGUUUUCACAUUUGCACCUGUAAAAUAGUCAUUCUGAAUUAUGUUUAACGCAUAAGCAUUGUUAGAGAUUGUUAUUGGAAAUUGCAUUUGUUAUUGAAAGUUGUUUGGUAUUGAAAGUUAUAUUUGUUACAGAGUAGUUCUACUCUAAAACCAAAUAAAUUCCCAGAAAUACUGAUUUUUUGGAUUGCCCUUAUUUUUUUUAUUAGAUAUUCUAGGUGUUAUUUCAUGUGUUCAUCACAUCAGUCAAAGGAUAUUUUGU